CAGAAAACAUAAGCCUGAUAUAUUGUACUUUUUUUAUAUUGUACUAUUUUUAUUGCUCACUAGGUUUUAAAAAUGUAUGCCUGGGAGUCAUCUUUUGAAGAAAAAAUCUUAGGAUUGAGGAGAAAAGAGUUGAAAGUUCUUAAAACCAUGGCAUUUUUGAAUGCUUGUGUUUCCUUCACUUGGACAACAGCACCAUUUUUGGUUUCUUUGGUAACUUUUGCUGUCUUUGUAUUGUCGGAUUCAAAUAAGCUUGAUGCUGAGAAAGCAUUUGUGUCCUUAUCUUUAUUCAAUAUAUUGAGGUUUCCAAUGUCUAUGCUUCCACAGAUUAUAUCGAAUAUUGUACAGACAUCUGUUUCUCUAAAUCGAUUGCAAAAGUUUUUGAACCACAGUGAACUUGAUAAAGAUGCUGUACAGAAAGACAAAGAGAGCA